GUGCCUUCUGCAUUCCCUUGUACGUGCCCUAUGUGCUGACGGGGAGAUGGAUCUUCGGGAGAAGCCUCUGCAAACUCUGGCUGGUGGUUGAUUACCUGCUCUGCACCUCCUCGGUCUUCAACAUCGUACUGAUUAGCUAUGACAGAUUCCUCUCGGUGACAAGAGCGGUUGCCUACAGAGCCCAGCAAGGCAACAUCAAGCGAGCGGUGCUGAAGAUGGUUAUGGUAUGGUUUUUUUCCGCCCCUGCCAUUAUCAGCUGGGAGCAUGUAUCAGGUCAGAGCAUCAUUCCCCCUGGGGAAUGCUACGCCGAGUUUUUCUACAACUCGUAUUUUCUCAUGACAGCCUCGACGCUGGAAUUUUUUACUCCUUUCAUCAGCGUAAUGUUUUUCAACUUGAGCAUUUACCUGAACAUACAGAAGCGUACCAAAAUACGCCUGGAUGUUUUCCAGGAAGUGCACAACCAGUCCUUCACUGAAGAGAUGGAAAUGAGCCCAGAAGCAAAGCUUUCUUUGAAAUGCUGUAAGUGGGAGCACAAGGACCCAGCUGAAACCCUCGACCUCUCCAAGAGCAAAGCUCAAGCAGCAGCCUCCACUGCCAGCCUGGGUGCCAAAGACCUGCUGUCAACAAGCUCCGAGAGCUCCGGGAAACCCAAGUGUUACAACAAAAAGAGCCGUAAAGAUUCAGCAUCCACUCUGUCCUUAGAGAAACGGGUGAAGGUAGUAUCCCAGAGUAUGGCUCAACGCUUCAGGCUCUCUAGGGACAAGAAAGUCGCUAAGUCACUGGCAAUCAUCGUGGGCAUUUUUGGGAUUUGCUGGGCACCAUACACUCUCCUGAUGAUCAUCCGCGCUGGCUGCCACGGCCACUGCAUCUCUGAGUACUGGUACGAGGCUUCUUUUUGGCUGCUGUGGAUCAACUCAGCUGUCAACCCUGUCCUAUACCCCCUCUGCCACUACAGCUUCAGAAGAGCUUUUAUGAAACUCCUCUGUCCCAAGAAGCUAAAGAUUCAACCUCACGACCCCCUUCACAACUGCUGUAAGUGA